UGGCCCGCUGGCACGUGGUGGGAGGCCGCGUCCCGGGCUCUGUCACUCGGCGGUGCUCACUGUCCACUCUUCGGAGAUGCCCAAGGUCAAGUCCGGGGCGAGCGGCCGGCGCCGGGAGCGGCGGGAGCAGCGUGCGGGAGGACUCAUGUUCAACACAGGGAUUGGGCAGCACAUUUUGAAAAAUCCUCUAAUUGUCAACAGUAUUAUCGAUAAGGCUGCUUUAAGACCAACUGAUGUGGUGCUGGAAGUUGGGCCUGGAACUGGCAACAUGACUGUAAAAUUAUUGGAAAAAGCAAAAAAGGUAGUUGCCUGUGAACUCGAUCCAAGGCUGGUGGCUGAGCUUCACAAAAGAGUUCAGGGCACUCCUCUGGCAAGCAAACUUCAAGUAAUGGUGGGAGAUGUGCUGAAAUCAGACUUGCCGUUCUUUGAUGCUUGUGUGGCAAAUUUGCCUUAUCAGAUCUCUUCACCUUUUGUCUUCAAGCUGUUGCUGCACCGACCUUUUUUCAGAUGUGCUGUACUUAUGUUUCAAAGAGAAUUUGCUCUCCGCCUAGUUGCAAAACCUGGAGAUAAAUUAUACUGCAGACUCUCGAUUAAUACACAGCUGCUGGCACGAGUGGACCAUCUAAUGAAGGUUGGGAAGAAUAAUUUCAGACCACCACCCAAGGUGGAGUCCAGUGUUGUAAGGAUAGAACCAAAGAACCCACCGCCUCCUAUCAAUUUUCAGGAAUGGGAUGGUUUAGUAAGAAUCACUUUUGUUCGGAAGAACAAGACACUUUCUGCUGUGUUCAAAUCAAGUGCAGUACAACAGCUGUUGGAAAAAAAUUACAGAAUUCACUGUUCAAUGAACAAUACUACAGUACCUGAAGAUUUCAGCAUAGCAGAAAAAAUACAGCAGAUCCUAACCAGCACAGGUUUUAGUGACAAGCGGGCCCGUUCCAUGGAUAUCGAUGACUUUAUCAGAUUACUACAUGGAUUCAAUGCAGAAGGCAUCCAUUUUUCCUAGCUAUUUGGAAAACAAUUUUUCAAGACCAAGAAAAAAAUAAGUUUGUUUCUAGUAUUUGAGAAGAGCUAUGCUUUUGUUCCAUCGGGACAUAACUUGCUUUGUUACUUUUAUUUAAUACUACUGUUGUACCAUUUAUUAUCCUGUAUUUUUAAGGUGGUCAUUUCUAAGUAUGUAAAUUUUUUUUUUCUUUCUCCCGAUGUAGGGUCUCACUCUUGCUUUGGCUGACCUGAAAUUCACUGUGGAGUCUCAGGGUGGCCUUGAACUCACGGUGAUCCUUCUUCCUCUGCCUCCCGAGUGCUGGGAUAAAGGUAUGCGCCACCACGCCAGGCCCUAAGAUUUUUUAGUUUAGGUGUGUUUUGAAUAUAAUUCACAGGGCAAGUACAUUUUACACAUAUUAUUCUUCAAGUUCAAGAGCCGCAAGUACGCACAACUUUAUACACUUUACACAACUGUUCCUGUUGAUUGUAGAAAGGUUUCUGUUUGCUGCAUUGUCAACUGUUGAGACCGGCUUCAGGCCUUAGUCUUUGUUCCUUAACAUGCUCAGCUGGUCACAUAUCCCCAUACUAUUCUUGUUCAUAUGUACGUGUAUAGUAAAGGUCACUUAUUAUUUUUUUAAAUUUUUAUUAACAUUUUCCAUGAUUAUAAAAAAAAUAUCCCAUGGCAAUUCCCUCUCCCCCCUUUCCCCUUUGAAAUUCCA